UGGAUCCCGUCUGUACGUUUGCAGUCCCAAAAAUACAUUAGCCGCGUGGUCGCGACGUUUCUGAUCGCAAUGCGUCGCGUCCGAAGGCGGCACAAAUCUUGCUACACGCCAAACUAAAUUGUACCACUGGCAGAGCUUGAGCGCGAUAUUUUUAAUAAGCCGGGAAUAUAUAUAAAGCUUGCGGCAAACACGAUCUUCGGCUCAGUUCAAGCACAGGCCUUCAAUCGAUGCGGUAUCAGCGUUUUAUUGACGAGGGAACUUACUUCUCAGCGGCUUAAUUCUCGACCGAGAUGUCGCAAGAAUCGAAAAAUGACGCAUCCGCAUCGCGGUCAUACGAAGUACUGCAGAAUGAACAGGUUGGCAGAUACAUGGUCACGAGUAAAGAAUUACAGGCUGGUGAAGAAAUCAUCACAGAAAUGCCUUUUAUCAUCGGACCGAAGGCAUGCACUUAUCCGUUGUGUCUCUCCUGCUAUAUACCUUGGCCCCCUGAACCGGAUGACAAAUCGCUUUGCUCUAAGUGCGGAUGGCCCGUCUGCGGUCAGGAGUGCGAGAAUGCUCCGCAACAUAAAGAUUACGAGUGCCAAGUGUUUGCACAGGCGAACGAGAAGUUCAACGUAGACGCCGCCCUGGAUGGGAACAGCGAAAACGGUGUUCCGCAAUUAGAAUGCAUAACGCCGUUGAGACUAUUGUUGGAGUCGGAGAGAAACGUCGAGAGGUGGAACAGGGAGGUGAAGGACAUGGAAUCGCAUAAUAAGAUAAGGUGUCAAAAGAGUCAGUGGAAGUCGGAUCACGUCAAUAUCGUGGAUUAUUUGAGAAAACGGCUCAAACUCGACAGGUUCUCGGAGGAGUGCAUACAAAUGAUAUGCGGUAUCCUGGAGAUUAAUACGUUCGAAGUGCGGACGGCGAAGGGGUUCGGCGCACGUGGCCUCUAUCCGACAGUCGCUAUGAUAAAUCACUCGUGCGUCUCGAACACGUCUCACAGCAUCUCGCCAGUUGACUACAGGAUACGGCUGCGUACCACGCUUAAGGUUCCUGCGGGCGGUGAACUUUACGCGAGUUACACGCACUCGUUACUUCCGACGAUGCUACGGCGAGAGCAUCUGCUCGAGGGCAAGUACUUCGUGUGCGCGUGUCCGCGAUGUUCAGAUCCUACGGAACUGGGCACUCACAUGUCCUCGCUCAAGUGCAACAAAUGCGACAACGGAAUUGUUUUGCCGCUGGAUUCUUUAGACUCGGGAAGUACGUGGAAAUGUACGCAUUGCGAUUUUUCUACCAGCGGUCACGCAGUGCGAAAAGUUUUUCGGAUUAUUCAAGCGGAAGUAGACGCCGCUGAAGCAAUCAGCGGAGCCAACGGAGCCGAUGCGAUUCACGAAAGGGAGACCGUUAUGAAAAAGUACCAAUCAGUUUUACAUCCUCGUCAUGCCUUUCUUUCAAUGUUAAGGCAUUCAUUGAGCCAAAUGUACGGUCGGGUUGACGAGUAUUUGUUGGAUGAUUUGCCGGAUGUUGUAUUAGAACACAAAGUCGAUAUGUGCCGCUUAUUGCUUCAAGUAUUGAACGUUGUGGAGCCGGGGUACAGUCGUGUAAGAGGUAUGACGUUAUACGAGUUACACGCACCGUUACUAUUCUUGGCGAAAGGUCAGUGGAAUGCCGGUGUCAUUGACGAGGCCGGACUGAAGUCCAAAAUGAUAGAAGCGGCGAAUAUCCUAAAAGAGGCGGCUGCGAUAUUAAGCUUAGAGCCAUCGGAGACGUCCGAGGGACAAAUAGGACUCGUCGCGAAGGAGUCUAUAGUUCAACUCGAACAAUCCAUAAAUGAUUUAUAAGUUUGUUGUGAAACCACGUAAUUUGUAAAAACUUAUUAUGUUAAUAAACGCUAUAUACUUCUUGAAA